AUGUGAUAAAGAAAAGUGGGAAAGACAUUGUGUGUAUGGUUUGUGUGAUAUGUGUUGUCAAAAAUUGGGAGGUUGCCAGCAACAGAAACAUAGACAGCAACCCACAUCUUACAAUCCCUGGCCCAACAAUUGGUAUAAAAGAGAUAGGAUCAUUGAUCUCAGUCAUCUUUAUUUGUAUGAAUUGCCCCCGCGGCUGUUCUUUCAUCACAUGGAUGGCUGCAGCUUGAAUGUUUCCUACAACUGCUUGAGCCAUUUGCCAGAACAUGUGGCAUUGAUGAGGGGUCUAGUCAGUCUCAGUUUAAGGCACAAUCUACUGUCCAACAUUCCUGCAUUUUUCUCAUCUCUUCAUCAACUUGCUUAUGUUGAUCUUAGAAACAACAGACUGUCUACAUUCCCAGAUUCCUUAUUGGAGCUACCCCAGUUGUUAAAGUUGUACCUUGACCACAAUUGCCUGACAAAAUUACCAUGUGAUAUUGACAAGCUACAUUUCUUGCAGUGUCUUAGUUUAGGAUACAAUGAUUUGCCAAGCAUUCCUGAUUCUUUGUUCAACAUUCAGAGUUUAAAGUCCUUAAAUCUGCGAGGAAACCACAGACUUUCUGCCCUGCCUGGCAGUAUUGGAAAUCUGCUCUGCCUUCAGAGACUGGAUGUUAGCCAUUGUGAUCUGAGGCUUGUGCCAGCAUCUCUCAGCUCGUGCACAGUUCUGAAAAAGUGUAACUUCUCAUUUAACAGGCUGACCCAUCUGCCCUGUGAGAUUUCUCAGUGCUACAGGCUGGUACACUUGGACGUCAGCAGUAAUAAACUCACCUUCUUGCCAGCAACUUUGCUCUACAGGCAGCGGAUGCUUGUGCUUUUAGCUGGCGGAAACAAGUUUUUUCCAAGACAGAGCUUCACAUCCCAGUGGUUGCUUCUGGACACAGUGCCUGCUCGAGGCCACAAAGAGGUUCCAAGCCUGACCUCACUGUCAGGAGCCAUUGUGGAUAAGCAUGGUCUGAACUCUUCACAACUCCCUUUACCAAUACAAGAGGAACUGUCCCGUAUUUCCAGCUGCUAUCAUUGUGGGGAGAAGAAAGUCAGCAGCCGACUUCGAGCCAUCAGGUUUAAAUGUUUCAAGCAGAGGCAUCUGCCAUUAAUACAUCACCAGCUGGUCCAAGCAUAUCCAUUUAUGUAUACAUUCUGUUUGAAGCAUUUGUUUGACUCUACUCCUGACACACUAGAGUCUUGUAUUGAUUCCUUAUCUCGUUCACACUCAUGA